CAGCAGGGGAAGAUUAGGAGGGAGAGCGCGUGUGGACUGUACACACAUGAGAGUGGAGGCUGACUGGCUGACUGACUGACUGGGAGCCUGGACUCUACUUCUGAUCCACACACAGUAAUGUUCUGCGCUCAUCCUGUCUCUGGCACAGGAAACAAUCCAUUGAUGUAUUGCUACAACAUGAAGCCUGUGUACGGGCAGUCUCCUGGCAGCGAGGACAUCAACCACAACUCGUCUUUGCAUCUGUCUAACAAGCCCCCCAGCAAUGUGUUUGCAAGCACAUUUUUCGAGGGGACAAGCAAUUUGCCUGACAUCUGGAACGCUGUGAACGGGCUGAACCAGCAGGGCUACGAUGGUGCGGUGGGAGCAGCUAAUGCCCACCAAACUCAGCCGGGGGGCUUCACUAGCCUGCAGCCUCACACUCACCUGGACUACUCCUCACAUGCAGGGAUGCCUGCAGACAUGAACAGAGGUCUGCCACCCAUGUCCACUUUCCACCGCAACAAUGCGUCAACACGAACUCUAACAGAGAACUCCAAUGGGAACCAGGGAAACGGGUCAGGAGGGUCACAGACUGGUGACACCUUAGGCAAAGCUCUGGCCUCUAUUUAUUCCCCCGAUCACACCAGCAGCAGCUUCCCCUCCAGCUCGUCCACGCCCGCCAGGUCUCCGUCUCCGCUGCAGAAUGCUGCCGAGGCUUCGGGUAACAACAUGUGGCCCCGGAAUUCACUUCAGACGGCUGGUUCACCUCAUUAUGAGUCGUCGCUCAUAUCUAUGUCUCAGGUGGAGGACCGACUGGACAGACUAGACGAUGUGAUCCACGUCCUGAGGAACCACGCUGUGGGCCCCCCGGCUGGCCUUCCGGCAGACGUCCAUGGCCUCCUGAACCAUGCCCACCUAGGCCACCCGAGCCCGGGCAGCUCGCUGCCCCUCAACUGUCACACCCCAGCCAUGGCUGAAGCUGUCAUGAUGAUCAACAACCAGUCGGCCUUUCAGAGCCGCGCACAAAACGGACACCCGUACCCGUCCAGACAAAGGCCUGCUCUCCAGCCGCUGCAGGGAGGAGGGCGAGGCAAUGUGGGUAUCCAUGGCGAUCUGGAGCUGAAGAUGGAGAGUGCUGAGAGGGAAGAGAUGAUGCAUACCAGUCAUAGUCACGGCUCAGAGAGUCCCAGGUCAGACGAUGAUGGUGAACAGAAAAUACAUGGAGAAAACACCACCCAGGACAGCAUCAACGAGGACGAAGACCUGAGUCCGGAGCACAAGGCGGAGCGGGAGCGUGAAAGGCGGAUGGCCAACAACGCCCGGGAGCGCCUGCGCGUCAGAGACAUCAACGAGGCCUUCAAGGAGCUGGGCCACAUGUGUCAGCUACACCUGAAGAGCGAGAAGCCCCAGACCAAGCUGCUGGUUCUGCACCAGGCUGUGGCAGUGAUCCUUAGUCUGGAGCAACAAGUCAGAGAGAGGAACUUGAACCCAAAGGCAGCGUGUUUGCGGAGGAGGGAGGAGGAGAAGGCAUCUGCUGUCAUGAACGACCCGCAAUCCAUGGCUCUGGCGUUUCAUCCUGGUCUGACUGAUCCAACAAACCCCAUGGGCCACCUUUGAGCGGCCCCUAGUGACCACUUCAAAUGUUGAUGAGCAUCUGAGGAACAUCCGGCUUUCAGGGAGUCCAGAAAUUCCUCUGAAUUCAGGAAAGAAUGGAAAAGCUGUUGCAGUUAAACAAUCAUCUUCUCUUGACCAGAACAGACUUCUAACUUUGUGCCUAAACUUACUUGUUAAAGACAAAUGCAUUGUACCCUGCAGAUGUUUUGUACAUAUUUUCUAUAUUUAUUAAUUUCUGUUACAAUACCAGGUGAAACCAGCUGUGGUGAGCUGUCAACUUUGUUUUGACUGACCUUGUAGUUCUCUUACUGUUGACCAUUAUCACUGACUGGAGGACUGACAUUCCCAUUGUUGAGUGUUAUGUUUGUGUGUGUACCUGGUUUAGCUAUGCUUGUGAGGACAUUUAGCUUUGUGGGGACAUUUUUGCUGGUCCCCACGAGAUUAAGCCUCAAUCUGGGGAUCAAAACCAAUGUCAUUAUGACGGAGUUUAAGUUUGUUUCAGAAUCUUGGUUAAGGUUAACCACUUGUUUUGGAUGGUUAGGUUUAGGGUGAGAGGCUGGGGAAGGCAUGAAAGUCAAUGAAGUGUCCCUACAAAGAUAUUGGUAGAAAUGUGUGUGUGUGUGUGUGAGAUGAGGGAGUUUGCCAUUCUGUGAAUGAACAGAUUUCCGGAGGAAUGUUGACUACUAUCACUAACACUUGAACCGUUUUGUUUUUAAUGUGUCCGUGAAUAUGGAUCAGUGAACACGGGUGGACGCAGCCAAGCACUUCUCAGUCUUACUCUUCUCCCUUCAAGUCUUCUCCCCAAAAUUUGCAGAUCAAGUGUAGUUUGAUUUCACAGUUGGUCUUUUGCAUGUUUAUAUUUUACUAGGAUGUUUUUUAAUGUCAUCUAAGUUAUCUUUUUUACAAAUCCUGUGAAUUGAUUUUCUUUCUGUCCCAUAAUUUCACCCACUGUUUCGUCUAGUUUUUACAGACUUUUCUGCUGCCGGAGAUACAGUAUUGCAGGCUGCCUGAUGUGUGUUGUCUUUUCUGAACAAAUAAAAUAUAAUCAAUCAUACCAGUACCAUAAUAUGUACAGUGUUUGUACAGUUUAUCUAGCCUUUUGGCAUGUUUCAAUAAUGUAAUAGCAAUAAAUGUGUUUUUUUUAAACAAAAUUUGA